AUGGAACAAAUAGAUUUAGCAAAUCACCUUUUACUUUUCAAUAGUGAGUUGGAGACUUUGGUUAAACUAAAUGAUAGUUACUCUCAAGAUCUGAAAUCAAGUGAACAAUCACUACAAAUCACAAAGGAGUUACUUGAUAAAGAGAUUGAUAAGAACAACAAACUAAUCAAUCAACUUGAACACUACAAACAACAAUUGGAUAAUGGAAACAGCAACAAUAUUAGUAAUAGUAAUAAUAAUAUUUCCAAUUAUUCACAUGAUCAAGUGGAACAAGCAAAUCACUCAAUAAAUACAAACAACUUUCAAAACAUUGAAAUUAAUCAACAACAACAACCAGCUAGCAAUAAUAACAAUAGCUAUAAUUAUAAAGAAGAGAGCGGAGAAGAAGUUGAAAUACUAAAAGAUCGUUAUAAUAAUGUUUAUUCAGAGUUGACAAAUUCAUUGCUAAAGAUAGAGUCGUUGGAGAUUGCCUAUAGUGACUUGGAUAAAUCGUUGAAUGAACGAUCCGAAGGUUCGAAACAAACGAUUGCCAGAUUGGAGAGCGAGUUGAGUGUGGCGCUGGCGCAGUUGGCGGUUAAGGACAACGAGUUGAGCGAGAUGCAUAGAAUGCAUGCACAAGAGAGUUCCGCACAGUCACGUGACCUCAUAGAGAGUUACCACAAGAUGAAGGAGGAAUACGAGAGUAUGAUUGAACAGAUCAACAGUGAGCACAACACCGCUUUGGAACGAAUGAACGCACAGAGCACCGAGAAAUCCAGUCAGGUGACCGAUCAGCUGAGUCGGGUGCAGUCGGACAACAGCGAGUUGCAGAAACGAAUCGAUCAGCUGCAACAGGAUCUCGAGAAGUUCAAGGAUGACUGUGAAUUCCUGACGAUUGAGAAUCAGCAGAACACCAGGGAUUUGGAGCAGUCGAAGGAGGUGAACAGACAGUGGAAGGAGAAAUUCGAUAAGGUUGGCGAUGAACGCGCGGAAAUCGAGAGAUUGGCGAAUGACAAUUUGGAGGAGGUGAAGCGUUCGGCCGCCAAAGAGAAGUUGGCAGCGGAUGAGCAGUGUCAAAAGUUGAGAGAACAGUUGGAGCUGGCCGGUCAACUUAGAGAAGACGAGAUUACAAAGCGAUUGGCUGAUUCACUGGAUAAGUUGGAACAGCAAAAGAAUAAGGAGAUCGAGGUGUACAAGGGUGGUGCUGUCGAGAUAGUAAGACUGACGGAACAACUCGAACAAUCACAGAAACAACUACAACAAACCAAUCAACAAUAUCAACAGCUACAAAACAAUUUCAAACAAAUGGAGAACAACGCACAACUACGAAUCGAAGCAUUACAAACUGAUAAGGAUUCACUUGAAAAUCAAUUGGAUCAACUUGGAAAUCGAAUUAAAAUAAUGGAUCAACAAAUUAUAUUAUUAGAAAAUAAUAGAAAUAACAAAAAUGAUAAUAAUAAUAAUAAUAAUGAUAAAGAAGAAAGCAGUAGUAAUAAUAGUAAUGAUAAUAAUAUAGAUAAUAAUGAAAUGACAAUUAAAUAUAAUGAAUUAUUUGGUGAAUUUAAAAAGUUAAAAGAUAGUUUGGUGGAAAAAGAUAAGGAUAUUAAUGUUUUAGAGGAUAACUAUAAAGAUAGAAUAGAGUAUCUGGAACAAUCGAUAAGAGAAAAAGAUAGACAACUACAGCUGGGAGUACACAAUAAUCAAAACCAACGAGAAACAAUUAAAUUGGACGAGCGUGUAAAGUCAUUGGUUCAGAGAACACUCAAAUCCAAUCGUAGAAAGUAUAAUGAAUCACAAUCGAUUUACAAACUAUCGGAUCAACGUUACAUUGUAAAUUCAACACCAGUAGAAAUAACCAUAGAUGAAAAUGAUAAACUUUUAGCGAAACAAAGCGGAGCAUUAGUUUCAGUACCUUUGGAAUCAUAUUUUGUAAAACAAGAACCAUUUGUAACCUGGGAGAGAGUUUUGGCCAUUCUAUUAGGAUUUUUCUUUGCAUUCUACCUUUUUGUGAAAGUUUAUCCCUUCCAAAUUAGUAAAGAUAAUUAA